AGGAGGGUCAGGCCGAAAGAAGGCCGGAAGUCUUCUCGGAGUGAAAGCAAGCCUUCUAGGGGCGCCGCCGGUCAUUCCUUGGCCCCGCCCCCUUGGGAGAUGCGCUGCGAACGUGAGCGGUGCGGUUUGAGCCUUGCAGGGUUCCGUUAAAUCGAAGCCGGCUUCAGGUGCUACUUGUUAUGGAUGGUGUUGUGGUGUUGCCGCUAUACUUGCCGUUCUUCGCGCGUUUUUGAUAUCUAUCCUUAUACGUUUGCAUCCGCUGAUGAUCAACCUGGAAAUGAAACGAGCCAGGAAAAGAAGCGGGUUUCUUUCACUCUGAUCAUUUGAGGCUGGAGUAUUGGAACCUAGAAAAAUGAAUGAGAGUGAGAAAUUGGCCGAGAAGAACAUAGAGGAGGAGACAAAAGAUGACAAAGACUUUGCCGAGAGCUUUAAUCAACUGGAAUUGCUGGAGACGCACAGACAUCUGAUCCCCACUGGCACACAGAGCCUUUGGUCUGGAGACUCGGAUGAGGAAGAUCAAGAGGAAAAAAAUGAGGAAUGGUACCAAGCCCAGGAGAAAAAGCUGGAGAGCCACCCAGAUAAGCUGCUGCUUUGGGCAGCUGAAAAAAACCGACUUAGCACAGUGCAAAGGCUCCUGUCUGAAAACCUUGUGCCGGUAAAUGUCCGGGAUGAAGAUCAAUACACCCCUCUCCACCGUGCUGCCUACAACGGUCACUUAGAAGUUGUGCGUGAGUUGAUUGCCUAUGGCGCAGACGUUCAUGCUUUGACGGUGGACAGUUGGACACCGCUACACAGCGCGUGCAAGUGGAACAACACAAAGAUAGCAUCGUUCUUGCUUCAACACGGUGCAGAUAUCAAUGCUCAGACCAACGGCUUACUAACACCAUUACACCUUGCAUCAGGAAACAGGGAGAGUAAGGAAACCCUUGAACUUCUGCUGAUGAAUCGUUAUUUGAAACCAAAUCUCAAAAACAACCUGGAUGAAACAGCCUAUGAUAUCGCUCGGAGGACUGACAUAUAUCACUACCUGUUCGAAAUUGUUGAAAAUUGCACAAAUUCUGUCUCGGAUUCUUAGUCAUUGUAAACAUUUGAAUGUCAAACUUGCUCCCAGCACCUUUUUUUGUAAUGAGUACUCUUCGUAAUUGCACUCAAAGUUGGUGCUUUCAACCCCACCUCUCAGUCUAGCUUUACUCUGAAAUCCUGAAAUGAGGUCUCAUUUUGUGGAGAUGUCAUUAUUUUUAUAUAAUCUAAACUACACUACCCUUGUGAAGCAUUUUCACUUUUACUUGAAAAGCUUUGAGGAAAUCUUAAGGACCUUGGGGCCAUUUCCCAUGGUAAACAUGUAUCAUGAUAGGCGUACAUCCAAAUUUAAUGAAGGGUUCACGUUCACACUCGGGCAUAGAAGCAGUUUCCAAUGCUAGCUAUUUGUCUUUCUUUUUAAAACAUGGAGGAAUUAAUGUGACCCAGUUGUUGGCCAACAAAAAGAUAAGCUUAACUGGAAAGCAAAAUUGGAGGCUGAAAGCCAGGUCAGUCUCUCCUUAGAGGACUUGUAUUUUCUUAGCAGACUGACUCAUAAUUAAAUCAGCAAUGCAAUGAUUGUUAUGGCCAAGACUGAAAGGAACUAGUCCCAUGUUUGGUGCAAUAUGGUGUACCUGCCAUGAAUUAUUUGGCUACCUUCAAAUAAUGCAAAUAUGAGCUUUUAAAAAUGGUCAUACAAGCGCCUGCAAUAUGGCAAUGUAAUACAGGGACUGUGUUUUCUAGAUGGAUUUGCAAAUAGGGUCCUAGAUGAUCUUCACUGUUCUUCACUCAUGGAUUAAAUAUGAGUAACAGAUGAGCAGUUCUUUCAUAAUGGUAAUGAUAAAGCAGAAUCCUGGCACAAGAAAUGCUGCAUCUCAAUUGGCCGGUUGAUACAGGUACUCUAAAGUUCCAGGACUUGCUAGGAAAUACCCUUAUUGUUCUCCAAUCUGGUUUAUACAUCACUUGCUUUUCCCGUUACAAACAUGGGAGUAAUUUGGGGAAACCCUUGAGUGUCAUUUGUAAGGAAGAAAUAGCCUGCCCUGUAACCAGACCCAUUGAGUUACCAGUCUUGAAAACACAGUGCAAUCCUAAGCAGAGUUACGCCAGUCUAAGCCCAUUGAUUUCAGUAGGCUUAGACUGGAGUAACUCUGUUUAGGAUUGCACUGCUGUCUCGUAUAAUUUUGAACAAAUUCAUGUACACAAUAUAUCUCCUCUUUUAAAAAAACUAGUUAUAUUGGCUUGUGCCAGGCAAAAAGUUGACACGAACUCGGUCUGCCACUUGCUGUAUGAAACAACGUAAACUCUGUGCUGGUGUAAGGUUUGAUAUCUGCAGGGAGGGUGGACUAGAUGUGCACUGUGCUGCUGCUUGUGUGUGGUGUUUACAUUAGGUUCACCUUUUUUGAAUGUCUUGUGCGAAUCUACUGUAAGUUUGAAAAUAAAUCUCCAGUUGGGUUUGCUGUGGUAUGUUAUCAUUCUGCUUUAAUUAUUUCUCUUUAUUUCAUUGAAGGCUACAACCCAAACUUGCAUGCCAAAAUCCACUUCACUCUGAAGGAGACCCAUUUAUCUUCAGUGGGAAGUCAGUGAAGAACCGCUAAAGCAAGUGGUUUGUGUUCUGAAGCCUAAAUCCUUAAAUGCAACAUUUCUAAUUGGUUCUUGCAAACAUCCAAGUCCCACUGAAGUAAAUGGAAUUUCUUUGCAUGUAAAUGUGGCUAGGCUUUCAGGCAUUACAGCGUGAUUACUAAAGCUGAGGUACUCAGGAUUACAAAGCUCUAGUUGUGUACUUAAGAAACAAGCACCCCUUGUCUCAGAUGUGCUUAACGAUGCCAUUCUCAUUGAAACUGUUAAAAAUAGUAAUUUCUUAACCAUUUUUACUGCAAACUAAGUCUCCUUGAAAUGUAUGGAACUUGCUGCCAAACGAACUGCUUAGUAAGGUCUGCCAUUCUAAGCACACUUGUUUUUCAGGAUUUGAUAUGGAAGCCAGUACACCUAUGUAAGUGGUUUACAGAUUAUCACCAUAAAGUUACUGUAUGCAUUUAGAGCUCUUUGGAACCAGUUUCAUUGUUGCAACUUCCUCCAAAGAUCACUGAGGAUUGUGGCUUUGCAAGAAUGCUAAACUGCAUUUGGAAAAGGAUUGUUAGCAACUUCACAAAACUGCACGUCUCAGAAUUCCUUGGAUGGGAUCUGCAAUUGAUACCCCAAUAAGCGGGUUAUGUGUAAUGUAGAUAUGUUGACUUAUAGCAUGUCUUCAGGUAGUGCAAUCUACUGUACAGGAAAGCUGUGAGGCACUUGUGCAUUGUAACCAAGGAGAGAGCUGGAGUAUUUAUUGUAUGAAAUGACGAAUACAGAUUCUGUCAAAGUUCACGAAGAUUUUUAAACACUUCUGUGAGAUACUUGUUAACUUUUCCAAACUGCAUGAAAACUGAAUGUAACUAAACUUAUACAGGUAACACUUGAAAUGCAGUAUACUGUAAUUCUGCUGUGAGUCUUAUUUAAAAAUAAAAUA